ACCCCUCAUUGCGCCUCGAGCUGCCUCCCUGCGCAGUAAUUGCUCCGUCCGAGUACCCCCCAAAAAAGACAACUUCAUUCGCGCACGGACAAGCGUCGUCGCCACUCGGGCUGCUUCAUCCCAUGGCGCGUUCCAGGAGCGCGCACCGCGUGGAGCGUCUCCGAGGUGGAAGGUAGCGAACGACACCCCCAACACGCACACCCAUCUCACGCCCCCCCCCCGCUGCAUGUGAGUGUGCUGGGGGCCACGCUCUCACUCUCAGUGACUGUGGUGGAUCGCGCAGCACGCCAUGCGUCUUCAGGAGCGUCCAGCGGGACACCGGUGCUUCUAAAUAACUUUGCGUCCGGGGAGUUUUUUUUUUUUUCAAGGGGAGGGGGCAGCCAGGAUGGGAACCGUGACCAGGGCAGCCCAGCACAAACAGACGCUCCUGUGGUUCAUUGUGGUGACUCAGUGUGUGAGCGCACUGGGCUGCGGACCCCAUUACGAGUACGCCAUUGAAGAGUUCUGCUUGGCCAAAUUCAGACUGGACAUGCAAGAACUGGACCAGGGACACUGGUGCAGCUGGGAGGACACCGUCGAGCUCUACGGCGAGCUGACCAACUGCACCUUUCUGGUGGCGCUGAAGAUGGACUGCUUCUGGCCCAACCUGCUGGUGGACGACUUCUUCAUCCAGGUGCACAAGACCUACUUCCACAAUUGCUCGCUGUCGGGCCGGCUGCUCAGGGACCCCCCCAACCGCAUCCUGGGGCCCUUCAUCGCCAUGCCCAUUCUGGUCACCCUGCUCAUGACUGCCCUAGUGGUGUGGAGGAGCAAGCGCAGCGAGGGCGUCGUGUAGGGGAGCGCUUUUCUCCAGGGAGGAACCUCGGACAUUAAAAACUCUUCUGGGAUGAAUCUCGCAGCUAUUUAUAUGACCUCCAAACUCCUUGUACAGCAGACCGGUACCGGUUUGAAGCAGCACUGGACUUUCCCAGACCAAGGCAUAUUUUACAUGAGAAGAAUCUCCCGCCACCAAACACUGCACGAAAUUGUGAUCUCAUCCUAAAUUACUUGCAAAAAUGCUAAGCCU